AUGGGGAAUUUAGUCAACUUAUACGUAAAGCUGAAAUUAUGGGCCUCCUUACUGUACCAGGCAAUGGACGAGAAAUUUCGAGAACAAUUUGGGUUUUAUUUAGAAGAAAUUACGUUCGCAAAGAUUCUUCACUACUUGUACGCGCCCAAGGAUUCUUCGAGUUUAGCCAUCACAAGGAUUCUGUUUGGUAUUGCGAUGCUGUUUGACAUCCCGGACGAGCGCGGCGGUGCAGUCAUGGACCUUCGAUGGGGCGACCCCAUGGUGUGCCACUUCCCUCUCGUCCCCUUCAUCACAGCUGUGCCCAUGCCGUACAUGGCGCUGGUGUAUGCGACACUAUGGUUUGGUGCAUUAGGUAUAGCCCUGGGCUACAGAUACCGGCUCAGCGCUUGGCUCUUCACCCUCAGCUACUGGUACUUGUUCCUGAUUGAGAAGAGCUUCUGGAACAAUCACAGCUACUUGUUCGGUCUCGUGGCAUUACUACUCGCUUGCACUGAAGCCAACUGUUACUGGUCCCUAGACGUCUACCUGGGCUACUGCGAGAGCAAGACAACUGUGCCGUACUGGAACUACUUCAUCCUAAAGUACCAGUUCUUCAUCCUGUAUUUCAUGGCUGGCUUGAAGAAGGGCACAGCGGAGUGGCUGACGGGCUACUCAGUGCUGAACCUCAGCGAGCACUGGGUGUUCAGUCCAUUCAAACUAUUCCUUACCACAUCUCAGACGGACUAUCUAAUAGUCCACUGCUUCGUGUUCGUGUUUGACCUGACCGUGGCUAUGUGGAUGAUGUGGGGCAAGACUCGACACGUCGCGAUGAUAUUCUGCGCCUUGUUCCAUCUCAUGAAUAGCAGGCUUUUUAAGAUCGGCAUGUUUCCUUGGGUAUGUUUAGCUGCAAUGCCAUUAUUUUACCCUUUCCAUUGGCCGAAAGUUAUCAUGAACUAUGCGGAAAAAACAAUAUUGCAAGCUUCGAAAGUAAAAGGAGGAAUUUGCGGACAUUUGCACAAGUUCAUAUUGAACAGCAAAUACAUUCACUGCAACAGUAAAGCAGUACAAAAACAGUUAACUGGUCAAAAUACUUACGAAUCAGAGACGUCAGUGUAUGAUGAUAGUAAAAAUACAAACCAAAAUAACGUUGUCUAUGAAGACGCUGAUCAAAAUAACAUUGUCAGUGAAAAAUCUGAUCAAAAUAACAUUGACAGUGAAAAAUCUGAUCAAAAUAACAUUGUCAGUGAAAAUUAUGAACAGAAUAACAUUGUUAGUGAAGAAUCUGAUCAAAAUAACAUUGUCAGUGAAGAAUCUGAUCAAAAUAACAUUGUCAGUGAAAAUUCUGAACAGAAUAACAUUGUUAGUGAAGACUCUGAUCAAAAUAACAUUUUUAGUGAAGACUCUGAUCAAAAUAACAUUGUCAGUGAAAACUCAGAUCAAAGUAACAUUGUCAGUGAAGAAAUGGAGAUGAAUGGAACCAGUGAUGAUGAAAGUGAUCUAUACACUGAACGAUUAUUCGAAUCUGAAAUUUGCGAUCAACAUGAAGAUAGGCAUGAAGUUGGGAGGAAGUAUAUAACGUUUGCCUUUAUCGUUUUCCAUAUAUUGACGCAGGCGUUUCUACCGUAUUCACACUUUAUUACGAAGGGUUACAAUAACUGGACGAAAGGGUUAUAUGGUUACUCGUGGGAUAUGAUGGUUCACACGUGGAACCUUGAGUCGGUAAUUGUCAAGGUAGUGGACAAUACGAACCAGGAAGAGUUCUAUAUUGAUCCCACAAUUUUUACGCUUAAUGACAGAUGGACGAGACACGGUGACAUGGUUCACCAAUAUGCUCGAUGUUUGAAACAGAGAGUUGGACAGCUUGGGGAUGGCGAUUAUAAUUUAAAUAUAUCAAUUUAUGUCGACGUGUGGUGCUCCAUGAAUGAGAGAUUCACACAGCGGAUGUUUGAUUGCAAAGUGGAUUUGUUGGAAGCAACCUGGUCGCCGUUCCAACCGGUUUCGUAUCUCAUGCCGUUGCUGGAUGAAGCGUUGAACUGGAGAUCUGUGCUGCAUGAUAUAGAGGAGGAGGUGCACUCGUGGAAUAACUACAGCGAUGUAGUGUUUGUUGCUGAAUUUCCAGGUUACGAACAACAAAAGUAUCUACCGCCAGAAUUGACCAACAUCACAUUGACAGUAUUGAACGGUACGGUGGCUUAUCAGCCUGAGUUGACCACAUAUUAUAAGAACGCUCAAUCGAUUGGUCUCACAAAAGGACAUCAUAUCGAACUAGUUCCGGGAACAUUUCACAAGAUCAUUAAUAUAGGGGAAACCCCGGCUUUUUAUAUGUACACAGUGACUAAUAAUUCUUUGAUAGAUAUUGAAACAUCGUCCACAACAACCCAGAAAGAGAUGCUGCCGAUUGGUCAAGAAUUGCUCAGACGUCUGAGGAAUAUGCUUCAGUUUGCAAAAAUAGUUGGUACGAAUUUAUUUCAAAUAUUUUUUCAUUUAAAAUUUUGUACUUAAUUUGUUUUAUUACCUACUAUAAAGCUAUUUAAUCUCAUUGCUAUCAACUUAAAUACUAAGGGAAUAUUUUAAAUAAUAUCUAGUCAAAUCUUAACGUACGUUACUUUACGUUCCGUUAAGCUUAAAAUAAUUUUAAGCAUAUAAUUAUUAUAAUAUUUAGAAAUAAAUCUAUUUAU